GCUCGGGUCUUUAUAGCGGUCAGUGGUGAACCAAAAAUGGCGGUCUCGUAGAUAAAACAGCGUCCGUUGGUUACGGAGAUAUAUUUCACCCUCCCUAUCAUUCUAAAAGUGUAAAUAAUGGAGUCGAUCUCCAACUCGAUGACGGACGACGAUCUCAGCCUUCCUAUCGAUUUUAACAUGACUACUCAAAUACCCCGAGUAAUGGAAGGAACAAGCACGUCCAUGAAUGAGAGCAUGCCUGCUGGAAAGUUCUCUGAAGUGCACACUAUAAAAGAUCAUGAAAUGCACAUCUCAGAGUUGAAGAAAGAAAAUUUUGAAUUGAAACUCAGGAUAUAUUUCUUGGAGGAAAAGCUUCAAAAUUCACAGAGAGAUGUUGAUGAUAAUGAUACUUUUAAAAUGAAUAUUGAACUAAAAGUUGAAAUUGAAAAACUAAAGAAUGAACUAAACGAGAAACGAAGACUCCUACUGAAAGCAUCAAAUGCAGUGGAGAGUUUGGACAGAAAUAAUCAGGAACAGAUAAAGAAGCUAAGAGAUCGACACAUCCGAGACCUGGAUGAGGUGAAGGAAAGUUAUAACAUGAAACUAAAAGCAAAUGAAGAGGUAUUGAAAAUAGCAAGUGAGCAGUCAGAGCAAUUUAGAAACAAAUUGGUUGAAGCAGAAAGAAUCAAUCAACAAAUUAAAGAAGGAACGAACAAAAAUGGUUGUUCAACAUUUGAAGCCACUGAAAUGCAGGCAAAACUACAAGCAAGUCUAAGGGAAAAAGACAGAAUUAUAGAUGAACUAAAAUCAGCGGUUGAUGUUCGCGAGUCUCGUAUUAAGUUGUUGUCACAAGCCUGUGAUCCUGAUGCAACGGAACAGGUCAAAGGAUUAAAACAAAAAAUUGAAGAGCGCGAUCGACAAAUUUCGGAUUUAGGUGAAAAGUUGAAAAACUCAGAAGCGUCUAUUAAGGACUUAAAAGGUUCUUUGUAUGAGAACGAUAGAAAACUCCAGUUAGCAUUACAAGAUGGAAAUUCGUCAGUUCAGAAAUUGAAUGAAAAACUUCGCUUAAAACAAGUUGAGGCUGAAGAAAUGCAAGAGAAGUUUCGCAUUCUUCAACAGAAUCUUGAAAAGGCGCAAGAUAUCAUCGAUGAAGCAAGCUUGAAAGAUGUUGAGGCAUUUGAAGAGAAGUCAAAAGCCUUAAAGGCCAAAGAUGCGUUGAUUGCCGAACUGCAAGGAAAUCUUAAACAGAAGGAAAUGGAAAAUGAUCAUUUGACUCGAUCUUUGGCAAGGAAGGAUAUAGAACUACAGAGAAUAAAUGAACGAAAUGGCGAGCAAGAUGACACUGCGAAUCAAAUGUAUGCAAAAGAGAAAGAGCUUACGGCCUUGUCUGAGGAACUGACAAACAUAAGAAACAAGCUUCGGGAGGCCUGGGACCAACAUGAGGAACAAGUACAAAAGUUAAAUCGGGACCAUCAGACUCAAGUGAAUGCAAAAGAUCAGAUCAUUCAGCGUGUCACUGAAACACUAGAGGACAAAGAAAGCAUUAUACAGGAUUUGAUUGUGACCCAGGAGAAUCUUUCGUUAUCAAGCUCCCGCGAUGACAUCACCGACACGAAAGAAGAACUGAUUCAAAAGUUAAGAAAUCGUUUGGAAGAACGGGAUGCUGCUGUUGAGGCGAAUAUUGAAGAGAAAUUUAAAGCUCUUCACAAGAAAGAAGAAGAAAUACAGGAACUGCGUAAAAGUUUACGAGAAAGAGAUCGUUUGAUUGAAAAUAUUAACGCUGCCGUACUCAAUAACGAAGAUGUUGUCAAGAAUUUGCAAUCUACACUCAGGGAAAAGGCAACUCUCAUCGAUAGCUUAAAAGCCAAUCAACAAAUCCAAGAGAGUCAGUUUGAGGAAGCCAAUGAAAUUGCUUUAAAGAAAAGUCGCGAGAAUGAAGGUUUAAUUGAAAAGUUAAAGAGAAACCUGGCAAAUCGCGAGCAACAAAUUGAGAAUUUGCAAAACGUCCUUCAUCGGCACGCCGCUGCAGAGGUAAAGGAUUCUGAAGAAACAGAAUUAGUCAAUUUACUUGGCGCAACGCUGAAAGAAAAAGAAAAGUUGGUAGCGGAGUUGUUGACAGAAAGAUCGACAAUGAUGGCACGUUUUGAGGCUAACAAUCAGAAAAUGAUGAGCACUCUAGCGGGGAAAGAACAUUUACUGAAGGACAUGUCCGCGGAAAAUGACCGAAUCUGCUCCGAAAAGAACGACAGCAUUGCAAGGUUACAACAACAAAUACAUGACUUGAAUCUUAACAUUCAGGGUGUCGAGAACAGUAAGUUGUGGAUGAAACAGGAACACGAAAUUCUUCUUGGAAAACUGAAACAAUCCUUGGAAGAAAAAGACAGAACAAUUGAGAAAUUAAUCAAAACUAGCAAAGAAAAAGAUAAAGUAUUUCUUAAACUCCAGGAGUGCACAAGCAAUAAAACAUCACCUGUUAGGCUUGAAAUGACGAAUCUCACGGAUAAAGUGAACGAACUUGAGAAAUUGUUGCACGAAAAAGAAGAUAUCGUGACAGAGCUUGAAAGAGUCGUCAAAGAACAAGAAAUGAGCAUCAAUGAAAAGAAGCAAGAGUACAUGGAAUGUGUAUCAGAAUUUGAACACGAAUUGGAGGAAAAGGAUUUACUGCUUAAACAAGCCACAGAAACAAUUGAAGCUUUUCAAGCCAAGUUGAAUAAUCUUCCAGUUCUUGAGGAAUUGAAAAGGAACUUGGAGCAAACAAAAAAUGCCUUCAAUAAAUCUGAAAUGGAAAGAAAAAAGGUUGAAGCUGAUUAUCAAAGCAAUCAGGAACAGCAGUUGGAACAAAUGCAGAUGUUGGAAAACGAGGUUACCUCCUUACGACAACAGAAGGAAUCUUGGUCUUUACAGCGAGAGAACAUUGCAGAAAACAAAUCCAGAGAUCAGGUGAGUCGUCUCGAAGACCUUCUGCAACAACAGAUCGACGAAACAAGUAGACUUUUUAAAAUUCUAAAAGAAGAACGUGAAGGUUAUGAAAAUGUCUUAAAGCAAUCAAGCUACUCAGCUUCUAUUGAUUUGAGCGGCGAUUUGAAACUUGUUUCCCAGCUUCGUCGUUCUCUCGAGGAAGGUAUUGUAGAAAACAACAAACUCAGGGCGCAGUUAAAAGAGAAUAUUGCUCAAAGCUCUGAGAAUGAAAAACCGCACAAUUCUCAACAGCAAGACGAGAUUGAGAGACUACAUGCGAAACUUGAAGACAGCGAACGAUGGAAUAGGUCUUUGCAGAGUCGUUUAGAUGCAAUGCAACCGCGUGGUGGUGUUAGUGGAUCCACUGGAAGCCUUGGUAUGUCGGGUACAAUGUUUUCAACUCGGCAAUCGGGGAAUAUGGAGACUGUUCCAGGAAGUCCAAUCGAGGAAAUCAAAUCUCGACUGAAUGAAAGUCAGAAGAUGAACACGAAACUCCGAGAGCAGCUACAGAAGACCACUGAAGCUGGAGCUGAAGCGAAAGCUGGACUCAACCAGCUCAACGAACAACAGAAACAUGAAAUAGUUUUACUUCGACAAGAACUGAAGAAGGUAAACAAAUCUUGUGACGACUUGAGAGUUGCAGCAAAGAAAUCAGAAGCUGAGUUAUCCUCCUAUAAGAACGAGCAUGAUAUUGAAUUCAAUACUUUGAAAAGAGCACUUGAAGACAGCCAAAAAUUUAAUAAAUCUCUAAAAGAAAGGUUAAAGGAAGGGAAAGAGCACAAAGAGAUCCAGACAUCGUUGACGAGUAAAAGUUUACCCAAUGAUAGUAUUAAUGUAAGUCAACUUCAGAUGGAGCUAACAGAAAAGACCCAAAUGGUAGAGUCCUUAACUAAGAAGUUACAAAGAAUUGAACAAAUUGAAGCAGGUAAAAUAUCAUUUGCAUCUUCCGACGAUGGUGAAAGUUCUGUCAAAAGAGAAAGCUCAAUCUCCCCGAAGACAGCCCAAAUUCGAAAAUUACAAAACGAUCUGGAAGAGAAGCAAAGAAUGAAUGAGGCCUUAUUACAAGACAGAACUUCGCAGGUCAGUCACCUUGAAAAGGAACUGGCUGAAAGCCACAAUACGAUUCAAACUCUGAGAUAUAAACUAGAAAUAGAUAAUGAGAAUAAACAACAUCAGACCUCCUUUGACAUUGACAAAGCUAGUAUGACUACGCCACAUGAUUUUGUGGAUGGGACGACGAGUCCAGAUGAGCAAAGGUCUAAACAAGUGGAACGUCUUCAAAAGGAAUUGGAGGAGGUUUACAAGAAGAAUGAGGAUUUACGGAAGACUGUCUCAGACAAUAUCGGAAUAGUUGACUUGAAUCGGAAAUUAAAGAACAGUUUAGCUGCAUCUGAGCAGAAGGGUGGUGUACUUACGAAAGAGCUCCAAAAUUAUACAAAAAAGCUUGAAGACAGCAAUAUUGAAGUUUCGCGUUUGACAGACGAGCUUGCUGAAACUCGUUCAAUCAACUCAGGUCAUGUUGCGCAGCUAAAAGACUUGCAUCGCCAACAAGAACAGGCGACAAAGUUUCGUGAAGAAGCGCUUAGUGCAAGAAGUAUGAAUGAAAAGUUAAGUGCUGAAGUGAAAAGGCUAUUUUCAUCUCUGGAAAAUGCUUUGAAAGAAAAUGAAAAAUUGAGUGAAGCAUUAUCAAAUAGCAAACGUCAAGAACAUUCACCUAAAGAUGCAGCAACCUCUCCUGUAUCGAGGAAUCUGUUUAACGAUUCCCCUCGUGGUAGUCGAACACACUUAUCACUGGAACUUCAAUCUCUUCGUGAAAAACUAAUCCUUAGUGAGAAAUUGAACACAGCUUUAAAAUACGAACUGGAAGCGAACAAAAGAUUCGCAAAAUCUGGUUCCUCGGAUGAGCCCCUCAUGCAUCAUCUCGAGGAACUACGACAGCUACGAUCUCGCCUAGAGGAGAGUAUUAAAACAUACGAUGAUCUUUGUGUUCAGUUGGAGGAAAAGUUGAAGGAGUUAGGCGAGGGGGAAGGCGAGGAAAAUGUCUUGAAAGAAAGCAUGUCUCUUGUCAAAGAUAACGAAAGUUUACGUCUUCAAAUUAGAAAGUUGAACGAAGAAUUUAAGUUGAUUCAACAGCAACUGGAAGAUCACAGGCUGACGAGGAAAAGGGAUAAAGAACAAAUUACUUUAUUGAACAGUCAUCUCAUCGAAAGCAACAAAGCAAAUGAAAGUCUACGAAACGAACUUGCCAUUUGUGAUAGCGUGAUUAAAUUAAGUCAGAAGUCAGAUCGUGAAGAAGGUUCAGAAAGCACCAGUUCGAAUAAUAACGACGCUAUCAUGUUACUGUUGGCUGAAAUACGUAGUUUACGUGAACAACUAGAGACCAGUAUUCAGUCAAAUAACUCGUUAAGACAGAUGCUACAGAAACAACUCUCAUCUUCGCCACAACGAGAAACAGUCCGAUCACCAGAACAUGCGCCUUCUAGAACAAGUCCUUUGCUAUCCCCUAUACUAGAUCGAUCAAAGUCUCUACAGCGUUCACCAGUUGAGAAAGACAGAAGUUUGGCUUUGGAGUCUCAAAGUCUUCAAGAAUUACGACAGUAUAUCAACUCUAGUUUCCAAAGUUCUGAGACCGUGUUGGUGAAAAUAAUGAGAAUAACUCUCGAAGAUGUGGAUUCCAGUGGUAAACUUGAUGAGUUGAAGAAAGACUUGGAGUCUUUGCGAUCGUUGUUGUUUAAGAGUGUCAAGUUGUUGGAUCACUUGUGGGCCGAGCAUCUCUCCUCUGGUCCUUCAACUACUGAUAAAUUAACUAAACAGAACGAUGAAUUACGUAAAGAAAUCACGUUACUAAAGAAGAGAGUGCUGAGUCAAAGUAAAAUAUUGGAAAAUACAGCAACGCGUCUUGAGUCAUCCAGUCGGAUGAGGAAAGAAGUUGAACGUUCUCUUUUCGCACGAUUAUCAGAGACACGAGACACUCUUGGUAUCUCAAGAAAGCACCUUGAGGAUCACUUGGCAUCCAGGAAUGGCAAUUAAUUUCAAAAAACAUUUUUACCUUAUUUCCUUACACAAAUGUUAUGUCAUAAAUGCAACAAAUAUAUUUUAUAUCCAUGUAGAAUAGAAUAAUAAUGCCAUGCAUUUCUGCGAAAAUGGAAUUAUUUUCCUAUGGCUGAAAUCCACUAUCUGUUUACCAGGGCGUUAAUGUAAGUUAUAACUACACAAAAAGGGAAAUAUUUAAUAUUCAAACGGGUUAAAUACAGUAUUUUAUGUGCGAACAAUGACUGAAUGUCAUUCUGAUCUUUUAUAUCUUCUGCACCCUCUGGACGGUGUCUAAAAACAGGUCGGAUGCAAGGGUCAUGUUAAGGCAUCCCAUUUUCGAAAGCGGGCAGUUCUUAUUGGAGAAUGGGUUGUUCUAAAAC